CCAAUGUAGAGGAAAGAACACUUUCCAGAGGGAGGAAAUUGCUUUAUAGUCUGUGUUACCACCGAGGCAUAGAAAGAAAAGCAAAGUUUUAUUUUAUUUACCAAGAUACACAUGCUGUACUAUUAGUAAGAAAGCAAAGGCAACAUUCUUACAUUUGGAAGGUAAGACCCCUCUCCUUAUUAUUAGUAUCCUACUUGGUACUAUGAUUGAAAUCACUUUAAAUCACAUGCAAAUGGAUGAAACUUAAAAGGUUUAUAAUUUAUAUCAUUUAUUUGGUCUAAUUAACAAUGUACAAUAAUGUGAAACCAAAAUAAUUAAAAGAAUGUAAUGAUGGUAUUGAUGAAGAGAGGGGAAAAAAUAAGUUUAAGGACCUGGUUUAAAAUGUAUUCUGGAAGACGGUUAUCCUGGCUUACAGUGUGAAAUGUAUGCCAUUUGUGAAAAAUGUCUGCCACCUAUUUCCAAUAAUAACAGGACACUUCUUUAUGCAAGUUCAGUAACAAAAAGCAAUAUCCCUAUUAGAUUAAACAGCUUUGCUCACACAAAUAUUUAUAUUGCAUUUAUAUUUAUUAUAUAAUAUUGAGACAUUGUAGAUAAAUUUUCCUAUAAGAUUACUGUUCUUUUUCAUCUAACUCUAUAUUUGGAUAUCUAUUUUGACUUAUAUUUCUAUUAUGCAAGAUAUAUAGCUAGACUGCAUAGUGCAGUUAAAUGGGAUACAUCAUUUAAUUUCAAUCAUACAAUAUUUUUUCUUUCUUUUUAACAUUUGUACAAUUUCAGUUUCUUUGUAACUUACUUUCAUUGCACCUUCUGACUAUAAAUCAUGUAGCAUUAUACAGUAUUGCUAAAAAUACUAUAUCUUGCACAUACAAAACAUUUGUUUGUAAAAAUGGAUGAAAGAUUAAAUCUCUCUCCGGAAAAGCACUUUUCUUUACGGUAGUAUUUGAAUGCAGCUUAAAUUGAGUGUCACAUUGACUGCUAUGAGAAAAGAAGUACUUAAAUAUAUUUUUAUGUACUACAAUGCUACUACAUUUAAACAUAUUGAGGGUUACAUGUAUUAGGAAAUUUGUUGUACAGUAACUUCCAGUAUAUUAGAAUAUAUUUGUUUCAUAGAGUUUGUUAUUGCAGUAACAUUCCAGCUACUUUUAAGUACUAGCAUUCCCUAUGGCAGCACAUUAAUAAUGUGAUUUCCCCAACAAGUAAUUAGCUAAAUACAACAAUGUGGGGAAAAAAAUGUAUGAAGUUGAUAGUCAUAUGCUGUCACUAAUCAUAACAAUGCAUAAAUAACUCACAGCAAUAUUGUGUUUGUAUGUAUGUGUAUAUAUAUAUAUAUAUACAAACUGAAGCCAAGAAAUUACAGUAAAUAAGAAUUAAGUAAAAAAAAAUCAUCAGAAACAUUUUAUGGAAUUAAGUUUAUUAAGUUUAAGUUUACUUAUACAUUAAGUUUGUGAACACCCUUUAAUUGGGGACAUAUCUGUGUUCAGAAUGAACCAAUCAUGAGUCUAAUCUCAUGUUUAAAAGUAUUUAUCUUACAGCUGUUAUCACUGAAAUUAUUCUGAUUAUCCUCAAAGAAAGAUCUACUACUUUUGUAGGAUUGCUGCCACACGAUUGGCUGAUUUGAUAACUGUACAAAUGUGCAGAUGUACAUGUAUUAAAGUGGACAGUGAAUGUAUACAUCUGAUUUUACUUGCAGCAAACACUACAUUAUAGCAAGAAUAAAUUAAAUUCUUCUCUAUGAGCCAAGCCUUCUAAAAAGUAAACUGCUCUCAUAUUUUUAGACAUAUGAGACAUUUUUAGACAUUGUUGCACACCAAAAAGUCAACUUAAGGCACACCACACACAGUCCAUGAAUCACUGUCCGUAUCAGUGGUAUAUGCUUUUAUAUCUUGUAUAUUUACUGUAUGUUUGUAUGUAUAGUGUACAUAUCUUUAUUCAUUUUUUUAGGCUGCAUGUAAUAAACAAUGUUUUCUCAAGAAUAAGGAUUAGAGAAGAAAUGUUUAUUGUGAAAAAGACUUCACUGAAGAAUAACCUUAUAUAUGACCCAUUACAUUCAUUUCAUUUAUAUAGUCUUUAACCCAAACAAAUAAAAAUAAAAUAGUAUUCCCUUCAAAUUAUUUCUAUUUUUGCAAUAAAAACACCAGCCAACAUAUAAUCUCAAAAUAUAUUCUUCAAAAUUCACCUUAUUCACUAGCUCAGUGAGGAUGCAUGAGGUUUGAGGCUCACAGACUGAUCAUAUAUUUUUUCUGGAUGGUUUCUUGCAACGAGAGAUUGUCCCAUGGGACCUCAUCAGAUGAAAAGACUGUACUGUGUGUGUGUGUGUGUGUGUGAGAGAGAGUGAGAAAGAGAGAGAGAUAGAGAGAGAAAGCGCGUGUGUGUAUGGGGGGGGUAAGUGUACGUGUGCAUGUGUGUGAGCAUAAAAUAGACCUGCAGAGUGCAAGCUGGAGGAAAAGAAGAUCUUGCUUGAGGAGGAUGACAGUGCUGCUGCCUAUGCUUUCCGUGCUACAUAAUUUACUUCACUAGGAUCUGACCUCUGUGUUUUGUCUCUGUUCAACAUCAUUAGCUGUUGGAAACUGGGCUGGGCUUUAGGAAGUGCUUCUCAUUUUGGUUUAUUUCCUCUAUGUCUGUUCAUGGGUGAAUGCAGAAAGGCACAGAGCAGCAGAGGAGAGGGAAAGAAGGCGAUAGACAGAGUCUAUCAUGCAUGUGCUAUAACUGAACAGCGGGAGCAGCAGACAGAGUUGGAAGGGGGGGUCUCAGACAAAAGCUGCAGACACUGUUCGCUCACCGACAACAACGAGCACCAAAAGACAAAAGAAGAAGGAGAAUCUACUGAAUGUAAGAAUCAGGCUUUCUGCCUCCUUAUUGUCAGGAUUCCAUGAUCUAUUGGCACCACAUUCAGGGCAUAUAAGAUGUCUGUGUCAGGGAAGAAGGAGUUUGAUGUAAAACAGAUCCUUAGACUUCGCUGGCGCUGGUUCGGUCAUUCCUCUCAGACAUCAGCAGGAAAUGGGGGGUACAUUCAGCAAGAGGGAUUCGAGCAUGGGGGCACACCAAUCCAGAGCCGCUUAAAGAGUCACUCCCGGGAUAGAGGAGGACUUCGUAAGAGCAACAGCCCGGUGCACAACAUUCUGUCUCCCACCUCUGGCCCAACACCUGUCUAUGUCAGGACGGGCAGUCAAUCAUGGCACCAGCAGAACAUCAUCCAACACCUCCAGGCCAGUGAGGAGUCUCCAAAAAAUGGUUCUCUCUCUAGUGCUAGUAAAGAGGAUGGCAAAAUCAGCCAGGAGAAUCUGAAGAGCAACCCAGAGGAGCGCCCUGAGGAAGAAGCCACUGACAGGUUGACUUUGAGUAGUUACACUAGGAUGAACACCAAUUGCUCAGAUGAGUUUUUCCAGGCCACGAACCAUGCAGAACAGACCUUCCGGAAGAUGGAGACUUACCUGCAACACAAACAGCUGUGUGAUGUGCUUUUGAUAGCUGGUGAUCACAAGAUCCCUGCACAUAGGCUUGUUUUAAGUGCAGUUUCAGACUACUUUGCCGCCAUGUUCACCAACAAUGUGCGGGAGGCAAAACAGGAUGAGAUCAAAAUGGAAGGUGUUGAUCCGGAAGCACUGAGAUCAUUAGUUCAUUUUGCAUACACUGGUGUACUUGAGUUAAAGGAAGAGACAAUUGAGAGCUUAUUAGCUGCAGCAUGUCUUCUUCAGCUCUCACAAGUUAUUGAGGUCUGCUGCAACUUUCUAAUGAAACAACUUCACCCAUCCAACUGCCUGGGGAUCCGCUCAUUUGCUGAUGCUCAAGGAUGCAUGGAUCUGCUGAAUGUGGCACACAACUACACCAUGGAACACUUUUUAGAAGUCAUUCAGAACCAGGAGUUUCUCUUACUUCCUACAACGGAAAUAGUCAAGCUACUGUCCAGCGAUGACAUCAAUGUUCCAGACGAAGAGACCAUUUUCCAGGCACUGAUGAUGUGGGUGCGCUAUGAUGUGCAGCAUCGGCAACAAGAUCUAGGAUUGUUACUCGCCUACAUACGCCUACCCCUUCUGCCGCCUCAGCUUCUUGCUGAUUUGGAAAACAAUAAGAUGUUUUCUGAAGAUUUGGAAUGUCAAAAGCUGCUUAUGGAGGCCAUGAAGUACCAUUUGUUGCCAGAGCGUCGGCCGAUGCUACAGAGUCCAAGAACCAAACCACGCAAGUCCACUGUAGGGGCUCUCUAUGCAGUAGGAGGCACUGAUGCCUCAAAAGGUUCUACAACAAUAGAGAAGUAUGAUCUUCGCACUAAUACUUGGAUCCAGGUUGGCAUAAUGAAUGGCCGGAGACUUCAGUUUGGAGUAGCAGUCAUCGAUAACAAGCUCUAUGUGGUAGGGGGAAGGGAUGGCCUCAAGACAUCCAAUAUGGUGGAGUGCUAUGAUCCACUCACUAAAGUGUGGUCCACCAUGCCUCCUAUGUCAACCCACAGACAUGGGCUAGGCAUCGCAGUCUUGGAAGGGCCUAUGUAUGCAGUGGGAGGGCAUGAUGGAUGGAGCUAUUUGAACACAGUGGAGAGGUGGGACCCCCAGGCAAGACAGUGGAAUUAUGUGGCCAGUAUGUCCACUCCUCGCAGCACAGUGGGAGUCACUGCUCUCAAUGGAAAACUGUUCGCGGUAGGUGGACGUGACGGAAGCUCGUGCCUGCGCUCCAUGGAAUGUUUUGAUCCCCACACUAACAAAUGGAGCAUGUGUGCACCAAUGGCGAAGCGGAGAGGGGGAGUGGGCGUGGCCACCUACAAUGGCUUUUUGUACGCUGUCGGCGGCCAUGACGCACCAGCUUCAAGUCAGUCUUCUCGCCUCUCUGACUGCGUAGAGAGGUAUGACCAAAAAACCGACACGUGGACCGUGGUGUCAUCCCUCAGUGUUCCACGUGAUGCAGUGGGAGUGUGUUUGCUUGGUGACAGGCUGUAUGCAGUGGGUGGCCAUGAUGGCCAGUCUUGUCUAAACAACGUAGAAUCAUAUGAUGCACAGAAUAACGAGUGGACUGAGGAGGUGCCGCUGAACAUUGGCAGAGCUGGAGCUUGUGUGGUGGUGGUGAAAUUGCCUUGAACAUUUAGGCCAUGCUCUUACAGGAGACACACCAGCAGUGGAAAACAGACGUUUGAUGUCAACUGGAAUUUUGCAUUUUAGUGUUCGUUCCUGUUUUGCUUGGAUGACAAUAAUGUGAAGGCCCUCCUUGUUGAGUAUUGCCUAAUAGCUGAAUAUUGCAAUAGUAGACACUGAAAAUAAAUGUGAAUGUAUCAAAUCUCUGCAUAUAACACUUUAACGCUUUGACUUUAGAAAUUAAAAUUCUUUCUUUCUUUUUUUUUUUUUAACAUAAAUAUAUCUAAACCAGUCAAUUAAAAAAAGAGUGGUUUAACUGAAUUGUUUUGAUGUAUUCAUUUUGUGUCAUUAUGUAUUAAUAAUAUUCAGCAACCCAAAGUAAAACAGAACAUUUAUAGAACAGGAUAAACCACAUACUUCUUUAUUUAAUUCAUGUGUUUUAGGAAAAAUGAAUAUUUUUUGACUCUUUGACAAUGCAUUUAAAACACUGUGAAUACGUCUAGUUGUGCGCUUGCAUCCAGUUGUGAGUUAUUAUGCUCAAAACAGUUUUGGAGAUCAUUCACACACAAAUGCUAUAGACUUUUUAUGUAAGCCUAGACAAAGCAUGAAACUACUCAAAAGACAUUUUAUAAGAAGCUUUCAAUGAAGUAGCUGCAAAACACCAAAGUAUCAUGUGAUAGUAGUCAUGACUUUUAAUGUUUACAAAAUAGUGAAUAAACAAAUAUAUCAUAUUGAUAUUUCACAUUAAUGUAUAGUUUUUGUAAGUCAUGUAUAUAUUUCCUGAAUCAGUGUUAUAAAUGUAUUUUCUGAUAAUUUUUUUUUCUGGCAUGCUGCUUGGGUAUAUUUGAAUGCCACACUGUAAUGCUUUCAUAUGUUAUCAGAUCCAUUUCCAGAGGUCAACACUUAUGAGUUUGGAUUAAGGCAGCGUUUAUAUGUAUUGACCUCUUUCCAUUGCCAUGUAGGUGAAUAUUUCACAAAUGACACUGACAAAAUUUCGGAAUUUAAACAUACUUAUACCGAGUUCUCGAACGGAAUUUUUAUUUGUAUUUAGUGAUUUGCUAUUUGUAACAAGCAAGAUUUACAAAUACAUGUAUUUUACUUUUCAUCAUUUUCUAUAGCAUGUAAACAUUAAUAAACACUUUUCUCCCUCUUUA